CCGGAGGCGCGUCUGCCGGGAUCGGGCGGGCUUCCCGGGCACGAUGCCGUCCGCCUUCUCAGCCACCUCCUUCCCCGACAGCAUUCCCGCCGUCAUCACCCAGACAGACUGGACGGAGCCCUGGCUGCAAGGCCUGGCCGUCUUCCACGUGCUCUGCCUGCUGCUCACCUGCCUCUCGUCCCGGCACUAUGAGCUGCAGGUCGGCCACUUCCUGUGCCUCGUAACGUUAGUGUAUUGUGCCGAGUACAUCAAUGAAGUGGCCGCCAUGAACUGGAGGUCAUUUUCAAAAUACCAGUAUUUUGAUUCGAGAGGGAUGUUCAUCUCACUCGUGUUUUCGGCACCGUUGCUCCUCAACGCCAUGAUCAUCGUGGUGCUGUGGGUGCGGAGGGCACUGACCGCGAUGGCCGACCUCAAGAGCUUGCAGGAGCAAGCGCGAGCCAGGAGGAGGGGGAAGGAAGAAUGACGGCUGCCGCUGCCUUUCCGGGAGCUCCCUGCACCGCGUCAGCUGAGGUGCCGGCGCUGCAGGCC